GUUAUGUAACAUCCAGGAUGAGGAUUUCAGAGUUUAUUGUAUUCACCUCCAUGUUCUCAAUUUUGAACAUUAUUUCUACUAGUGACUGUCCUAUUGGUUGGUAUGAUUAUAAAAAUCAUUGCUACUUUUUUAGUAGUGCACCUAAGAAAACUUGGAAGAAUGCUGUUUUAUCAUGUCAAAAAUAUGAAGGAAAGUUAUUAAAUAUAGAAGAUGAAAACGAAAAUUUAUUUAUUUUAGACUUCCUUAAAAAUGGCGAUGCAAAUCAUCUCUGGAUUGGUCUAAAAGCACUUCCGAGAAAGUAUGUGUGGUCAGAUAAUACACCUUUGUUGUUUUUAAAUUGGAGUAACAAUGAACCAAAUAAUAAUGGCGGAAUAGAGAACUGUGUGGAAAUAUCAACUGAUGGUUGGAAUGACAAUGAUUGCAAUAAUAGUUUUGAUUUUAUUUGUAAAACUAAAAUGAGUCACAUUAACUGUAGUAACGGCUUCAGAGAUUAUUGCUACUUUUUCAGCAGUACAGAUGCAACAUUUGUAGCACAAAACUGGAAUGAUUCUUAUUCAUCAUGUCAAAAAUAUGGUGGUACCCUGUUAAGUGUAUCAGAUAAAGCAGAAAAUUCAUUUAUCUUAAAUAUCAUUAAGAAUAACAUCAUGAUGAGGAAGCGUUUUUGGAUUGGUCUUUAUGCUCUUCAGAGAACAUUUGUUUGGUCAGAUAAUACAUCUACAGAGUUUUCAAAUUGGUUAGAAAGUCCACCAGAUAGUUAUAACAGAACAGAAGGUUGUGUGGUAAUAUCUCGUAGUGGUUGGGAGGAAAGACCUUGCACAUUUAGUUACGCGUUUAUUUGUAAAGUUAAAAAAGUUUCACUACUUCAACCUGAUCUAAUCUUGCCACCAUCUACUUCACCAGCUUCUAGUAAUAGAAAUAAAGUGCUUGUCGCAGUAUUAGUAACUUUUUUAGUUUUUCUCUCCAUACUCUCUGUUUUUAUUGCAUUAAGAGUUUACAAGAAAAAAGUAAAAUGUCAAAAAUCAAAGCAAUUGGAUUCCUUCAUGAAAGAGUCAGACAUGGAUUGUGAAAAACUAUCAGUUGAUGAUUGGGAGAUUUUUCCUGAAAACUUUGUUUUAGAUAAAAAAGUUGGUGAAGGUGCAUUUGGCACAGUCUUUAUUGCAAAAAUAAAUCAUAAGAUUCUUACUAAAAGAUUAAAGACAUACCAUAAGUAUAGUAUUGUUUCACCUGAUAUUAAAGAGGAUUAUGCUAUUAAUGUUGCAGUAAAACUUUUAAAAGAUUCUGCUGAUCCAUCAGAAUAUAAUGAUUUUUGUGAAGAAAUAAAUCUAAUGAAGGGGAUUGGAUAUCAUAAAAAUAUUUUGAAUAUGAUUGGUUGUUCAACAAUAAAUAAACCUUUGUGUUUAAUUGUUGAGUACAUGGAGAAUGGAGAUUUACUCAGUUUUUUGAGAAAAAGACGUACAAAACUUUUUGCAUCAAAAGUUGAUGGGGAGUGCAAAGUUGAUGGAGCUGCAAGCUAUAUCUACACACAGAGUUAUCAAAACACUUUAGAGACAAUUAUUAGUGAAAACAAUUCUUCAGAAGUUAUGCCAAAUGAGAUUCCCCUGGAUGAAAUUGGAGUGAUAACUCCAGAAGAUUUGCUUUCUUUUGCAUGGCAAGUGGCUUCGGGAAUGGAAUAUCUUUCAUGUAUAAAACUUGUACACAGAGACCUUGCUGCAAGAAAUAUAUUGGUUGGUGCUGAGAAAAACAUCAAAAUCUCUGAUUUUGGCCUAACACGUAAAGUCAACGAUGAAUUAAAUUACGUAGGCAGUAAAAAUUGUCGUUUACCGGUUAAGUGGAUGUCUGUUGAAGCCAUAUUUGACCAAACAUUUACAUCAUACAGUGAUGUAUGGGCGUAUGGCGUUGUUUUAUUUGAAAUUGUUACGUUAGGAGGAACACCAUAUCCAUCAAUAAAUAACCGUGAACUUCUUGCUCUUUUAAAGUCUGGGUACAGAAUGGAUCGACCAGAAAAUUGUUCAGAACGCUUGUAUGACAUCAUGUUACAGUGUUGGAACGAAGAUCCGUUAAAGAGACCAACAUUUACUGAGAUUCGUGAGCAUUUUGAUGCAAUAAUAUCUCAAAAUGAUUCCUAUUUCAACUUUGAAAUUGAUGAAAAGAAUAUAUAUUAUAACGUUGCUUCGUUUAAAAGUCUUUCAUCUGAAACAGGUAUGGCACUUGAAGAAACCUUAGAAGAGUCCCUACAUAUUGAAUCAAAUAAAAAUGUUAAAAUAACUAACGAAAAACAAAUUUCUUUUUUGAAUGAAAGAUUUGCAAAUCCAGAAUUUUCUAAAUCUGAAAUAAAAACUUUUUCGUCAGCAGGUUUAAUCAAUUAUGCACUUCAUGAAGCAAUAUCGGAAAUUCAAUGAUGUAAUUUAAUGUUACAUAAUUAUUGUUCAAGUAAUAGUUAUGAAAUA